AUGCCUCAUUCGAAUCUUAUUUUAUUGCAACUCUUACUUCUAAUCACCCAAUCAAAUGGCUCUCCAGCUGAAGUCCGGCUUAUCAAUGAUCUCAUGUCGGGAUAUGUUCGAGAGGAAAGACCGAUUUUGGAUAGUUCAAAACCUGUGAAAGUUACCUUAGGAGUUUCAUUGCAGCAGAUUAUUAAUUUGUCUGAAAAAGAAGAACAGCUGGAAGUGAACGCAUGGCUAAAGUUCUCUUGGCGAGAUGAAAAUUUACGAUGGGAACCGACGGCAUAUGAGAACGUGACAGAUUUAAGACACCCGCCGGAUGCUCUAUGGACUCCCGAUAUCCUUCUUUAUAAUAGAUACUACUCUUUCAACUUGAUUGCCCCAGUACUCCUUACGAUGGUUCUAGUCAUUCUUGGAUUCACAGUCUCCCCAGAAACUUGUGAAAAAGUUGGUCUCCAGAUCUCUGUUUCCCUCGCUAUUUGUAUCUUCCUCACUAUUAUGAGUGAACUGACUCCGCAGACUUCAGAAGCUGUUCCUCUUCUUGGUGUAUUCUUCCACACCUGCAAUUUCAUUUCCGUAUUGGCAACGUCAUUCACCGUCUAUGUACAGAGUUUCCAUUUUAGAAAUCAACAUGUUCAUGAGAGAAUGGGCUUUUGGAUGAGGUUCAUCUUACUCGAGUGGUCUCCAUGGGUGUUGAGAAUGAAAAUGCCAGACAGAGACAAUAAUGUAAAAACUCUAAAGGACAGUUGGAAAGAGAGAAAUCGGAGAGAAUCUAUGGCGAGAACUGCAUUCGAAUAUGCGGAUGGACCAGUUACACAGAUACAUACAAUGGGAAUUAUGUUGAAAGAAAACUUUGAAGAAUUGAUUUACCAAGUGAAACAAGACAAAACGGCAGAUGAGAAAGGAAUUGAGAGAUUACGGGUGUUGCAGAAGAUUUAUGAUCAUGUCAAGAUGAUCCGAGAACACGACGACGACAAUGAUGAGGACAGUCGAGUGGCUCUCGAAUGGAGAUUCGCUGCAAUCGUCGUCGAUCGUCUCUGUCUUCUCGCUUUCUCAAUUCUCAUCGUCAUCGUUUCCAUCAUCAUCGCUUGGCGUGCACCGUAUCUCUUUGCUUAA